GACUCACCUCUCUCGGAUGACGUCCUUGUUAAUUUAUGAGAUUUUCCGUUCGUCGCCGACUGCCCGUUCAUCACUUCUCUCUCAUCCCGUCGCUUUCUGUUCAGCUGAACGUUCGCGCAAAAUGGAAAUCUGAAGUAAUUCACUUUCACGGUUUCUCGACUGACAGAAAAAGCGUACCGUAACGUGCUUUGUACAGUGGAGAUUGGUAUAAAUCUGUACCCUGGCAGGCUGAUACCAGAGGAAUUGUGGGAGAAGUGUGUGUGUACUGUAUGCCGGGCAGGUCGCACCUCUGGCUUAGCUCACUUAACCCCCUCUGGUGUGGCUCCAUCUGUCCCAGGAUACGUGAAUUGCCACUGUGUCCUCUGGCUGGCAUCUGGUGUCCAUCCCCUCUCCACACGGCCUCAGACUCCAAGAACCUGCCGCCACGUCAAUCACGUCCUCACAGCCGGCUGCAGGGCGGCCCUCGUGGCCGGGAUGCCACUGUGUACCCUGCCAGUCGGCGGUGGAUGCUGAGGGGCAAGAGCUGCCCACCCAGUGCAGGGGGCACAAGAAUAAUCACCCCGACCACGAUAUGAAUCUCUGUUGGAACGAGAUCAAGCGCAAAUCCCACAACAUCAGGGUACGGCUGGAGGCAUUUUCCGACAACAGCGGGAAGCUUCAGCUGUCACUACAGGAGAUCAUCGAAUGGCUGACGGCUAAAGAUGAGGAGCUGUCCGAGCAGCUGCCUAUAGGUGGCGAUGUUGGGGCAGUGCAACACCAGCGAGAAUUCCACCAGGCUUUUAUGGAAGAUGUCAAAUCCAGAGGGCCCUACAUUUACUCAGUGUUGGAGUCUGCACAGACCUUUCUGGCACAGCACCCUUUUCAAGAGCCAGAGGAAACGCUGCCUGAUGGCAAAGAGACUUCUCCUCGUCGGCGAAUGCUCAAUGUAAGUCGCUCUGUCUGGAAGCAGGCCAACGUGGCCAGUGACCUAUGGGAGAAACUGACAGCGCGCUGUGUGGACAGACAUCGGCACAUGGAGAGAACUCUGGAGAGGCUGCUUCAGAUCCAGGCUGCCAUGGAGGAACUGGCCGCUGCACUGGAGCAGGCGGAGGGAGUGCGAGACGCUUGGGAGCCUGUGGGAGACCUGUUCAUUGAUUCACUGCAGGACCAUAUAGAUGCUACUAAGCUGUUUAAGGAAGAGCUGGCCCAGGUGAAAGAAGGUAUGAAGCACAUAAAUGACCUAGCGCACCAGUUGGCAAUAUCAGACGUACACCUGUCCAUGGAGAACGCCAGAACCCUGGAGCACCUCAACAACAGAUGGAAACUUCUGCAGGGGUCCAUUGAAGAACGUCUGAAGCAAUUGCAAGAUGCCCACAGAGAUUUUGGCCCCGGAUCACAGCAUUUUCUUUCCAGCUCCGUGCAGAUUCCUUGGGAACGUGCCAUUUCCCCAAACAAAGUGCCAUACUACAUCAACCAUCAGGCCCAGACAACCUGCUGGGACCAUCCAAAGAUGACUGAAUUAUAUCAAGCUUUGGCGGACCUGAACAACAUCAAGUUCUCUGCAUACCGGACGGCCAUGAAGCUGAGGCACGUGCAGAAGGCUUUAAGAUUGGACCUGCUGAAGCUGAGCAGCAUGGUGGACGUCUUUCGAGAACAGGAACUUAUGCAGAGCGAACACGUGAUGGAUGUGGUUGAGGUCAUCCACGCUCUCACCUCCCUGUACGAGAGAUUAGAGGAGGAAAGGUCCGUCCUGAUCAACAUCCCCCUUUGCGUCGACAUGUGCCUCAACUGGCUGCUGAACGUUUAUGACAGUGGGCGUAAUGGUAAGAUGCGGGUGCUUUCCUUCAAGACAGGCCUGGUGAUUCUAUGCAACGCAGAUAUCCAGGAAAAGUAUAGAUAUCUUUUUCGACAGGUGUGCGGUCCAGGUGGGCUGACAGAUCAGAAACAUCUCAGUCUGCUGCUGCACGAGGCCAUUCAGAUCCCUCGGCAGCUAGGGGAGGUGGCAGCAUUUGGAGGGAGCAACAUAGAGCCCAGUGUCCGUAGCUGCUUUCGUAUGGUUCCUGGUAAAUCAGCCAUCGAGGUGUCACACUUCCUAGAGUGGAUGAGCCUGGAGCCCCAGUCAGUAGUUUGGCUUCCUGUUCUGCACCGGGUGACCGUAGCUGAGACAGCCAAGCACCAGGCACGCUGCUACAUCUGUAAACAGUGUCCUAUCAAAGGCUUCAGAUACCGAAGUCUCAAACAGUUCAAUGUGGACAUCUGCCAGACGUGUUUUCUGACUGGCCGCACAAGCAAGGGAAAGAAACUCCACUAUCCCAUCAUGGAGUACUACACCCCGACAACCUCAGGCGAGAAGAUGCGGGACUUCGCUAAAACGCUAAAGAACAAGUUUCGCUCGAAGCAGUAUUUUAGUAAACACCCUCAGAGGGGUUACCUGCCUGUCCAAUCAGUGCUGGAGGUGGAAAGCUCUGAGACGCCUUGCUCAUCUCCCAGACUGCCUCACGCGGACACACACAGCCGAAUUGAGCACUUUGCCAGCAGGUUGGCAGAAAUGGAGAACCAAAACUGUUCUUUUUUCACCGACAGUCUCUCUCCGGAUGAAAGUUUGGAUGAAGAUCAGUACCUCCUACGUCACUCCAGCCCCGCCCUCGAGCAGGACUCCCCCCACGGACACCUGCUGGCCCACCUGGACUGCCAGGACAGAGAGGAGCUGCAGCGCACGCUUCACCGUCUGGAGAACGAGAACAGGGUGCUGCAGGGCGAGUAUCGGCGGUUGAAGUGGAAGCACGAGGAAGCAGCGGCAUCGCCCCAGCUUCUGGAUCCGGGGUCACCGGCCGGUCAGCAGGAUGAGGAGCUCCUAGCCGAGGCUCGAGUCCUCCGACAGCACAAGACCCGUCUGGAGACGCGCAUGCAGAUUCUGGAGGACCACAACAAGCAACUGGAGUCCCAGUUACACAGACUUAGAGAAUUACUGCUGCAGCCCAAAGAUGACUCGGAUGCCAAUGGCUCUGCUCCAUCCUCUCUGUCCUCUCCGGUGUCAGUAGGUGGCCACCAGGGGGAGGCUGCCAGUAGAGAGACGACAGACACAGAAGCUGCAGGUGAAUACUUGGACCAUGAGCAAGACACCGUACUGCAACUGCAGCAGGUCAUCGAGCAGCUGAGGAACGUCUUCCCAUCUGAACCAGGUCCAUGAAGAACCUGAAUCUGAACUCAGAGGCUUAUUAUGGUGCAGGUGCCAUUUUGCCCCUCUGAUGUUGGCAGGGUUGUGGGUAUGAAGGGCUGGAGAGACCAGGGGUCAGAAGACGCUCCUCUCCGGCCCACCGUUCUCACUCUGCAGCCGAUCCCAAAGAGCCGUGGGAUACCCGAGUGCUAACUAAACAAACUAAUGAUGUUUACAUGGUGCCAGAGGCCCGCACUGAUCCGGACACUGUGCUAACCCGUGUAGUAAUGCAAGGCGUGUGGCUUCAUCAGUACAGCACAAGAACCAUCACUCACAUCAUAAUGGGGAAGGGGGAUUGCUAUUGCCUUUAAGUACCCCUGUGCCAGCAAAUUCUUUGUGUUGUAACUUUAUUUUUAUUUAUUUUUUUCAUUUUAACAUGUACUGUUUUUAGUGAAUCACUCACGCACAUAUAAAUGCGCGCACAUACAUACACGUAGCCUCGGCAAUGUGUGGCCCUUGCUCUGUGAAGCAGAUGAAACAGAUUCCUGGGAAGCGCCGGGACACCCGGCAAGCUUAUUUACACUGAAGGAAUGACACUUCUUCAGCAGGAGCUAUCAUUUAUUGAAGAUGCGAAAGCGCCAGUGAGCAUUGUGCUGCUCUUCUCUCAUUUUGGCAUCUAUCUUUAUCUCUUUCACAUGGCACAGCCGUCUACUCUCUGCGUGUAAGUAACUGUCAAACACAUACAUACACAGAUAUACAUGUACACUAGUAAAGUGAUUUUCUUAAUCUGUCAUUUUCAUGUUGUUUUAAAGUAUGUAGGUGUCUGGUAAUGAGAUAUUUUUCUUACCCUAUUGAAAAAAUGUUUAUUAACUAAUUUUUUAAGUAUAAGUAGGGAUGCGCAAUAAUUUGCAUGUGAUUGUUAUUCCAUAAAGCCGGUUCCUUGAUU